GUUGGUAUAAUUGAUUUUCACCAUUCACUGUUUGCCUUUAACUUUUCCUGUUUCACAGCAAAGGUUGGCAAAACAGUGCAGGCCAUUUAAAGUCCAAUUGUGGUUGACAAGAGAGAUCCUGAAAAGGCUAUCUUCACACCUCACUCUAUAUGAUGAAUGAUGGAAGACGAGGAAAAGAUGAUGAAAAAGGAGCAAAAGUGUCAACAAGUGUCUCACUUCCCAUGGAAUGUAUUGGUGAAGAUAAAGAUGAUGAUAGGAGAGUGAGUGAUGAUAUUUUGACAAAUUCGAGUUCAUCUUGAUUUGACUUUAAUUCACUUUUGCGCUCCAUUUGAUCCUGUUGAUUCGAUAUUCAACCUCCAAUGGAUAUUGAACUUCUUAAAGCUAAUCUAACUUCAACUAGUCACACCAACAGCAAUAUCAACAACAGUAAUCUCACUUUAUCCAAUUCAUCAAGUCACAGUUCAGUUUGUUUAAUUUGCGGUGAUCGAGCUUCAGGUCGUCAUUAUGGUGUACCAAGUUGUGAUGGUUGUCGAGGUUUCUUUAAAAGAAGUGUUCGCCGUGAUUUAGUUUAUAAAUGUAAAGAUCGUGGACUUUGUGUAAUAGAUGUUGCCCGGCGAAAUCAAUGUCAAUAUUGUCGAUUCAAAAAAUGUCUCCAAGUUAACAUGAGGCGAGAAGCUGUUCAACAUGAGAGGAUAAAUUGCAAUGUAAAUGGUAAAAAUGAUUGUAAACCAAACCAUCGAAAUGAUUGGAAAAGCAAUCGACUUCAAACAAUAACAGCUACAACCACAACUAGCAACACUAGUUCAGUGGGAACGUCAGUAUCAACCAUUUCCACACCAACCUUUUCAUCUGGUUCACCCUUGAUUGGCUCAUCUUUAUCCUCUUCAUCAUCUUCACCCAUCUCUUCGGGUCACCAUCAUUUGUCCCUGCUUUCAACCAUUUCCGGAAACUCUUUAGCUUAUGGUUUAGGAUCAUCAACUCAUCAUCAGUCACCAAAUUUGACCAACAAUUUGUCAACAACUUGUUCAACUUUUGGAUCCACUGAAAAGUCAACACCAUUGGGUGAAACACUUAUAACUUCAUCUUCAACUCAUCCAGUUAACCUUCAAUCUUCACCGUCAUCUUCACCUCCAACCUCAUCAGCAUCCAUCAUUAAUCGCUCAGGUACAAUCAUCUUUCCCUCUUUAACUGAACCAACUCUCAACCUGCACCAGCCCUGGUCACAAUGGUUCCUGCCAGUUUCACCUCAUCCAAAUUUAUCUCAACCGUGCUAUUCACCACUCAGCCCAACACCAAUCACAGGAAUCAUAUUUACGACUCUUAAUUGGGCCUUAAGUAUUCCUGCUUUUCAAUCAUUACGAAGAUCCGAUCAACAAAUACUUUUAGAUGAAACAUUGAUUGACUUGAUCCUUUUGACUGGAUUACAAUAUCGGGGAAGUUCCAGCACAGAAUUAACGGCCUUAUUAACGCAACAUAACCAUUUCAAUCUAACUGACUCCUGGAGGAUAAAAGAUGUUGCUGAUUACAUUGAGUCAAUCAACUUGGAUCACAUUGAAUACACUUGUUUAAAAGCCCUUCUACUUUUCAGACCAGAGUUAACCGGAUUGACUGAUAUAAAUCAAAUUGCAUCGAUACAAGAUCAAGCUCAAUUGUUACUUUAUCAACACACAACAAGCUCAUCAUCAACAUCUAUUCAUAAUAAUGGUCAUCAUAAUCACUCUCAUUCACUGGUUACUUCAUGUCCACUUCGUUUUGGUCGACUAUUGCUUUUACUUUCAGCUAUUAAGCGAAUGAAUAAGCAUCAUUUUACCUCCAUUCAGUCAACCUUAUUCAAUCCUCUUAUUCAAUGAUCAAUUUGAUUAACUUGGAAAGAUGAAUCAAGAAUGAUUCCCUUUUAAAAAUGAAAUAACCAAAGCAAACCAAGAAAAUAGCAAAUCAGUAAAUAUCUUUACUCGAUUCAUUCAUUUUCUUGUCUCCGCCAAAUCAACGGUAAAUAUCAAGUGAUUCAAUGAGAAGUCAGUAAUUAAUCUUCAAUUGAACUGUCAAUUACAUUCAGUUUACAUUUUAUUGAUUCAUUUUAAUCACAGCUACAUUAACAUGAUCUUUGCUCCUUUCCAUAAUCAAUAAUCUUAAUAUCUACUCUUAAACUAGUCAUUUACAAGAUUGUAGACUUAAGCAAAUUAAUUGUUAAUCUUUAAUCAACUCGAGAAAAGCUCAACUAUUCAGAAAAGGUUUACCAUUAUUGUUGUACUCAAUUUACUGGAUCUCAUUUACAUCAAAUCCAAUUCAAAUAACAAUAAUUUGGUUGGAAAAUGUUGUUUGAAAACAAAUUGUCCAAUAUGAAAAGGACAAAUCAUUUUGUACAAAAUUAAUCAAUUGUAAACCCACAAUCAAACACUUUCAACCUUAUUGUUAAAUGAACUAAUUGACAACGUUUCAUCAAUAAGAAAACAAUUACGUGUAAUAAGAGAUUCAAUUUGAAACAAAAUUGUCAAUUAAUUAGUUAACAAAGGUGAAUCAUAAGAGGCACUCUUGUAAUAAUUAGAUAUUGAAUGUUGGAUAAGACGAAAGCACUUGAUAUUAAGCUCGUAAUACAAAUAAUUGCCAUUCAACAAAUCCAUCAAAAUCAAAAAUCUUUUCCUUAAAAGUGGAAACAUUAGAGUUGAAUUUGAUUCUAAAAUUGAUCGACUAAUCGUCUAAAGCCAUUCAAUGUAUCCAUUUAAAAAUAUUGGCAACAUCUUUGAUUGACCAGUAAUUGUAAUUUGAUUUUACAUUCCAUUGAUUUUGAUUGUUCAUCGAGUUUGACUCCAUCUGGUUAAUCUUUCGAUAAAUCUGAAAAGGAAAUAAAAAAGAUAUUAAAAUGCUUGUU